AUGAUGGAGCCACAGCACGAAUAUAAAAACAUCCCUCAUACAGAACACCAGCAUGAAGAUGAUUCGUCGACCGAAGUUGAAUCGCUCGUAGGACUCGAUAAACAGUGGGCUUCAGAGAACUUUAAGAGUCGAACACGGAGGUCGAAGAGGACCAUUUGCAUAUCUUUUCUAAAGACAACAAGAUGGUUCGUUGUGAUCGGGCUGCAACUCGUGGUGAUCGGAUUGUUGGCGCACGAUCAAGGGUUGUUCCAUAAUGUGUGGUGGAAUUCCCGGACGACCAGCGCGAAGGAGGUUGGAGGUGAUAUUACCGGAUGGGGACCGCAUCUUCCAACCCAAAUCCAAACCUUCCACGUUGACCAAACCUACGCUCCGUACAACACUUCUGACUUCUUCAAACCGGAAACUCUGCAAGCUUGGAACGAGCUGAUGCCGCGUGGGAUGGGAUUCCAGCAUGUUGUUGACCCCGAAAAAUAUAACGACCUCCCCACCCCUAUUAUCUGGCCCAACAUGACUGUCUUUACGACGUCAAUGACGCAUCAGUUGCACUGCUUGUUCGCGGUCGUGCAAGUCUAUUCGGGGUUAACAAGCAAUGUUGAGCUGCCGGAAGACCACCACUGGCAUAUGAUCCACUGCUUUGACUACAUGAGGCAGGCGAUUUUAUGUAGUGCGGAUAUGUCGUUGGAAGGGUUAGAGACUACGUUCCCAGACCACAACGGAGGUAGUGACGGAUGGGAUUCUAAGCAUGUAUGUAGAGACCCUGUCGCGGUACGGAACUACCUCGAGAGUGUGCGUGCGUACGACGACCAAGAAAUCUUUUGAGCUGCUUGUAGAUGCAGGAAUGCGAGGCUCGCCAGCAAAAAUGUAAAUGUCAAAGGCUGUUGAGGCGUUUUAUCUCGGGAUGGUGGAGUUAUAUCCUACGUGUUUCAUGGGAGAUGGCACACGGCGGGGGCGUGAUUUAA